AUGUGUCAGCUAAGUUCUCAUGACUUCACCUGCAAAUGCAAUUCAAGUCCUGAUUUCCCAAUUUCAAUCAAGGACUCAGAGCAACCCAACCUUCUCACCAACCCAUUGAUCACCAAAGACCAAAAAAGCAUAGCAUCACCAAAUCAAGAAAAGGAAAAACCACAGAAAACCGAUCUUUCUGAAGCCUUCAAGGAAGUGAUUUCCAUAUCCAAAAUAGCUUUUCCCAUGAUACUCACUGGUCUCCUCCUAUAUUGCCGGUCAAUGUUCUCUAUGCUCUUCCUUGGUCACCUUGGGGAGCUAGCCUUAGCUGGUGGUUCACUUGCAAUAGGUUUUGCAAACAUCACUGGCUAUUCAAUACUCUCAGGCCUUGCAGUGGGAAUGGAACCAAUUUGUGGACAAGCCUUUGGUGCCAAAAGAUUCACCCUUCUUGGUCUCUGCUUGCAAAGAACCAUUCUUUUGCUCCUCUUAACAUCCAUCCCAAUAUCACUUCUUUGGCUUCACAUGAAGCAAAUCCUUCUCUUCUGUGGCCAAGAUGAGGCCAUAGCCACACAAGCACAAUCAUAUCUUCUAUAUUCCAUUCCUGACCUCAUAGCACAAUCCUUAUUACACCCAUUAAGAAUUUACCUUAGAAGCCAAUCCAUUACCCUGCCUCUAACCCUUUGUGCUACCUUGUCAAUUUUUCUUCACAUACCCAUUAACUACUUUCUUGUUUCUCAUCUUAAUCUAGGAAUCAAAGGUGUUGCUCUCAGUGGGGUGUGGACUAACUUCAGCCUUGUAGCUUCUUUGAUCCUCUACAUAAUUUUCUCUGGCACUCACAAGAAAACAUGGGGAGGUUUCUCUUCUGAGUGCUUCACACAAUGGAAGUCCCUUCUCAAUUUGGCCAUUCCAACCUGCAUUUCUGUGUGCCUUGAAUGGUGGUGGUAUGAGAUCAUGAUUUUGCUUUGUGGGUUGUUGAUAAACCCCAGAGCAACAGUGGCUUCCAUGGGCAUUUUGAUCCAAACCACUUCUUUGCUUUACAUUUUCCCAUCAUCAUUGAGCUUCAGUGUGUCCACAAGAGUUGGCAACAAGCUAGGUGCACAAAAGCCCUCAAAGGCAAGGCUUUCAGCUAUUGUGGGACUCUCUUGCAGCUUCAUAUCAGGUUUCUCAGCACUGGUUUUUGCUCUAAUGGUUAGGAACAUAUGGGCUUGCAUGUUCACAAAGGACAAAGAGAUUAUAACCUUGACAUCUAUGGUGUUACCUAUAAUAGGCCUUUGUGAGCUUGGGAACUGUCCACAAACAACAGGUUGUGGGGUGCUAAGAGGCACUGCAAGGCCUAAAGUUGGUGCUAAUAUCAACUUGGUAUGCUUCUACCUUGUGGGAAUGCCUGUGUCCAUUUGGCUAGCUUUUUUCACUGGUUAUGAUUUUCAAGGUUUGUGGCUUGGCCUACUUGCUGCUCAGGGUUCAUGUGCAGUGACCAUGUUGGUGGUCCUGAGCAGAACAGAUUGGGAAUUUGAGGCUCAAAGAGCCAAGAAACUAACAGGAACAUGUGUUGUUGAUGACAACCAAGAGGUUGAUGAUGCAGAGAAGCCACCCAAACCUGAAAGCAAGGAAGAUUCUUUCUCAUCAGCAGACUCAGAUGAAGAUGAACAGUCCUGGGUUUAA